AUGGCCCAGUCACUGGACUAUGUCAAGAUUUGCGAGAGCUGCCCGCCAGGAGAUGGCUGGGGCCCUUCAGUAACCACCGAAAUCACCCUGGACGGCGUUCCCUAUGCGCCCUUCUCCAAGGGAGACAAGCUGGGACGCAUGGCCGAUUGGACUGCUGAGGGCAAGGACCGAGAACGUGGUGGACGUCUGCAGUACAGCCGCCAAUACAGAGACCAGCAAGUUUAUGGCACCGGCCACGCUGUUGUUUUCAAUGCCCCUCCCGCCGAGGACGAGACCAGCUUUUCCGUCGUCAGCAACACCAGAGACUCGACCAAGUCAAGAUAUGGUCGUGGUGCCGUUUUCACCCGUGGCCGAGGCCAGCGCGGCGGCCGUGGUGAUACCCGCGGUGGACGAGGAGGCCAGUUCCAGCGUGCCCCCGGUGGCCGACAGGGCUAUGGCUACGAGCGCGGUGGACGAGGUGGUGCUGGUGCCCGUGGUGGACGUCGCUUCGGCUGGAAGGACUACGACAAGCCUGCUCGCAACCGUGAUGCCAGCAUCAACAUCAAGGCCGACUGGGAGCUUCUCGAGGAGAUCGACUUCAACCGCCUGGCCAAGCUCAACCUUGAUGCUGACGAUGGUGAGGACCUGGACGACUACGGUUUCCUUUACUACUACGACCGCUCCUACGACAAGCAGCCUGUCAAGGGUGCUGAGAGGAAACUCACGGCUAUUGACCGUGCCGCCUACAACGUCACCACCUCCUCUGACCCUGUCAUCCAAGAGUACGCCGAGAAGAACGAGGCUACCAUCUUCGCCACCGACAGCAUUCUCUCCAUGCUUAUGUGCUCUACUCGCUCUGUCUACCCCUGGGACAUUGUCAUCGUGCGCCAGGGCAACAAGAUCUUCCUUGACAAGCGUGACAACUCCAACCUGGAUAUGGUGACCGUCAACGAGAACGCCGCCGACGCUCCCCUGGAGGCUGCCGACGGUGGCAAGGACGUCAUCAACCAGCCCCCGGCCCUCGCCGAGGAGGCCACCUACAUCAACCACAACUUUGCCAACCAGGUCGUGACCGAGAACGACUCGACCAAGGUUCAGAUGGCCCACGCUAACCCCUUCCACGACGCCUCCGAUGACACCGAUCCUCCUGCCAGCAAGGCUUACAAGUACAGGAGAUUCGAUCUCUCCACCAACGAGGAGGAGCCUGUCUACCUGAUUGUCCGUACCGAGGUCGAUGCCGUCCAGAAGAACGCCAUCAGCGGCGAGGACCAGCUGGUCACCAUCAAGGCCCUCAACGAGUUCGACAGCCGUGCCCAGGGCAGCGGAGGUGCUCUCGACUGGCGGACGAAGCUCGUCGCCCAGCGUGGUGCCGUUGUUACUACCGAAAUGAAGAACAACAGCUGCAAGCUUGCCAGAUGGACCGUGCAGAGCAUCCUGUCCAAGUCUGACGUUAUGAAGCUCGGAUUCGUCUCCCGUGCCAGCCCCCGAACCAACGAUAAGCACGUUAUUCUCGGCGUUAUCGGCUGGAAGCCCCGCGACUUCGCCAACCAGAUGAACCUGUCCCUCUCCAACGGCUGGGGUAUCGUCCGCACCAUUGCCGACAUGUGCCUCAAGCGCGAGGAGGGCAAGUUCGUCCUGGUCAAGGACCCCAACAAGUCUAUCCUUAGACUGUACCAGGUCCCUGCCGGCAGCUUCGAUGAGGAGGAGGCCGAGGAAGAAGUCGAGGAGGCCGAGGAGGAGGCUGAGGAGUAA